AUGGGCGCCGCCGCCUCCAGGAGGAGGGCGCUGAGGAGCGAGGCUAUGUCCUCGGUGGCGGCCAAAGUGCGGGCGGCCAGAGCCUUCGGAGAGUUCCUGUCCCAAAGUCACCCUGACCACCGCAACGGCUCAGACCACCUGCUGGCUGACGCCUACUCUGGCCACGAUGGGUCCCCUGAAAUGCAGCCAGCCCCCCAGAACAAGCGCCGCCUCUCCCUGGUCUCCAACGGCCGCUACGAGAGCGGCCUGGUGGAAGAUGGCGUCAGCAGGCAGCCGGCCAGUGAGGGCCCCCAGCCCCGUGUGUACACCAUCUCCGGGGAGCCCACCCUGCUGCCCAGCCCCAAGGCGGAGGCCAUCGAGCUGACCGUGGUGCAGGGACGCAGGCCGCGGGAGCACCAUCCCCACCACCACAGUCAGCCCCUGCGCGCCAGCCCCGGCGGCAGCCCAGAGGCCACCAGCAGGCCCUGCCAGAGCUGGGCAGGCAGCCGCCAGGGCUCCAAGGAGUGCCCCGGCUGCGCCCAGCGGGCCCCCAGUCCCUCCCCGCAGGCCUUCGGCCCUGACCAGCCCCCCCUGCCCGAGGAUGUUUCCGGCCGCCCCAAGAAGCUGGAGCGGAUGUACAGCGUGGAUCGAGUGUCCGACGACGUCCCCAUCCGCACCUGGUUUCCCAAGGAGAACCUCUUCAGCUUCCAUACGGCCACCACAACUAUGCAAGCCAUCUCGGUGUUCAGGGGUUACGCGGAGAGGAAGCGCCGCAAACGGGAACACGAUUCCGCCUCCGUGAUCCAGAGGAACUUCCGCAAGCACUUGCGCAUGGUGGGCAGCCGGCGAGUGAAGGCGCAGACGUUUGCUGAGCGCAGAGAGCGGAGCUUCAGCAGGUCCUGGAGCGACCCCACCCCCAUGAAAGCCGACACUUCCCAUGAUUCCCGAGACAGCAGCGACCUGCAGGGCUCACACUGCACGCUGGAGGAGGCCUUUGAGGACCUGGACUGGGAGGCCGAGAAGGGGCUGGAAGCCGUGGCCUGCAGCGCAGAGGGCUUUGUGCCCCCCAAGGUCAUGCUAAUCUCCUCUAAGGUGCCCAAAGCUGAGUACAUCCCGACCAUUAUACGCAGGGAUGACCCGUCCAUCAUCCCCAUCCUCUACGACCACGAGCAUGCGACCUUCGAGGACAUCCUGGAGGAGAUUGAAAAGAAGCUCAACACCUACCACAAGGGGGCGCGCAUCUGGAAGAUGCUCAUCUUCUGCCAGGGAGGCCCCGGGCACUUGUACCUGCUCAAGAACAAGGUGGCCACCUUCGCCAAAGUGGAAAAGGAAGAGGACAUGAUCCACUUCUGGAAACGGCUGAGCCGCCUGAUGAGCAAAGUGAACCCAGAGCCCAACGUCAUCCACGUCAUGGGCUGCUACAUCCUGGGAAACCCCAACGGGGAGAAGCUGUUCCAGAACCUCAGGAGCCUCAUGACCCCGCAGAGGGUCACCUUCGAAUCCCCCCUGGAGCUGUCGGCCCAAGGGAAGGCCAUGAUCGAGACCUACUUCGACUUCCGGCUGUAUCGCCUGUGGAAGGGCCGCCAGCACUCGAAGCUGCUGGACUUUGAUGGUGUCCUGUGAGGGGCUGGGCUGUCCCCCAGGGCUGCCCCUGGUGAUCCAGGCACCUGGGACUGGGCCGGCCCUCUCCCCAAGACCCUGCGGCCCAAGCUCCCGCGGAGCUGCUUCAGGGAC